AUGUCUCAGACUUUAGUUUCUACUGCACCAGUUCAGGUUGGACUUCAACCUUUCUCACGACCUUCCCUACCCGCGGAAGAACACACUGUUCAAAUCCCACAGCCUUCCAGCAAUGACUUCAUCAAGGCUGCGCUCAAUGAGGGCAUCAAAAAGGGACAGCAGAUCGAUGAGACAGUCGCUGCCAUCAUGGAUAUCCUAGAGACGUUCAGUCUUCAGCAGUAUGGCAACGACGUUUUCAUGGGAAGGAAGGUCUUCGGGCCAAAAGUCCACCUGCAUGUGUCUGAGCAUAGGAAGCUCCCUAUGGUUCUUCCAGCCUUCCCGGCAAAGAGUAUCAACACGCAAGACAAGGUUCUUGGCACUAGUCCUGACCUUGGAGAAGAGCUUGCUUUGGAUCGGUUGAACGACUUGUGCACCCGAAUCAGUCGCGUCUAUGAGCCCGGUGCUAUGGUCCUUAUUGCGACUGAUGGUGCUUGUUAUAAUGACCUCACAGGUGUUACGGAGGAUAGCCUCUGGGAGUACGGAGUUAUUCUGCGCAAGAUGGUCGCAGAGAAAGGCUACGACUGCAUCAAGUUCGUCCGCAUUAUGAAUCUUUUGGGAUUGCAUACGGAUGAGCAAAUCUCCAAGGAGGACUUUGUCCAUCUCCUUGAGCCUUCCCGUCGCGUCAUGAUGACCCGCUAUGGCGAUUCUGAGUUCGAUGCGAAUUGGUACAUCCAGAACGACCCGGAUUACAAGUCGACCUACGAUGGCUACUCCAAGUUUCUGAAGAAGGAUCUUGCAUUUAGUCCUUUCAAACAGAAUGCGGCUAGUGGCAAGAAGUGGAAAGCUUUGGUACAUAAUACGGCCAAAGCAAUGAUUGCUCGUGGUGUGGCUUUUGCAGCCCUAAUCCGUGAGAGAUACCCCGACUAUGUCCGUCUUUCCAUUCACCCUUCGACUGGACUCACAAAGAUUUCCAUGCCGAUGAUUCCCCAGCCUGACUCCUUCUCCAUGACCCCAUGGCACUGCGCAGUGGCUGUGGAUGUGAAUGGAAAAUUCAAGACCGCACAUGCGGGAGUCCUGCGGGAGACUCAUGACCUUGUUUUGAAAGACGGUGUGCCUUACUGCUUCCGUGAGCGAUCCCCACUGUAUUCAUGGGACGCCAAGGUAGAGUUCACCCACCUUUACGGCGGUGGCAUGAUUGUGCGAAAUGUUGGGGGAAAUUCCAAGGAGUCUUUGUCGGAUGCUGACCAGGAGAAACUCACCAAACUGAAGAGUCUCCAGCGAAAUGUGACCUUGGAAGGAUUCUGA